AAAAGAGUCUCACACCCAAACAAACGAAGCCAUUCAUUCAUUCAUUCAUUCAAAGAUCCCAAUUCCCAGAUUCACCAAAUGCAAAACCCAAGCCCUCCCUCAGCGCCGUUCCUCCACCGGAGCCGCCGCGCCUCGCCGCCGCUGCGCACCGCGGCGCGGUUCUUCAGGCGCGCGAGCGGGCGGCGCAUGGUGCUGCGGGAUCCGUCGGUGCGCGUGCGGGAGGCGGCGGCGGCGGAGGUGGAGGGGCGGCAGAGCGACUGGGCGUACUCGGCGCCGGUGGUGGCGCUGGACGUGCUGUGGAACGGCGCGUUCCUGGCGAUUGGGAUCGUCGUGCUGGCGCUGAGCUCCACGGAGGAGCCUUGCGUUCCUCUCAGGGCGUGGAUUGUGGGGUACUUGUUGCAGGGCGCGUUUCACUCUCUCUGCGUCGUUUUUGAGUUCCGAAGGAGGAGGAACAGCAGUGGGACCCACGUCGUUGACCGUGCUGAAUGGAGCUUCAGUUCCGAGAGUGAUGAAGACUUUUAUACUUCGGAGGAGUUUCUCGAGGGUGAUGGAAGCAGCAUCACAAAAUUCAUAGAGUCGGCAAAUACCAUGCUUUCAUUCAUAUGGUGGAUUGUUGGGUUCUACUGGGUAACUGCUGGUGGCCAGAGUUUGACAAGGGAUUCACCUCAGCUUUACUGGCUUUGUAUCACAUUUCUUGCUUUUGACGUUGUGAUUGUACUGAUCUGUGUUGCUGUUGCAUGUCUUAUUGGCAUCGCCGUUUGCUGUUGUCUGCCAUGCAUACUUGCUAUUCUGUAUGUAGUGACAGAUCAGGAAGGGGCAACGAAGGAAGAGAUUGACCAGUUGCCAAAAUAUAAUUUCAGAAUAAUAAAGGAAUUUAAGAAAGAAGGUGAUAUUGAAGAAACUUCCAGAGGAAAAAUGAUUGAAUCUGACAGUGAGACAGCCAGCGAACAUGUUAUUGCCUUAGAAGAUGCAGAAUGCUGUAUCUGCCUUUCUGCCUAUGAUGAUGGUGCUGAACUUAGAGAACUUCCUUGCAACCACCAUUUUCAUUGCACAUGCAUUGACAAAUGGCUGCUAAUAAAUGCUACCUGCCCUCUCUGCAAGUUUAACAUUUUGAGGACUGGCAACCACCAUCAAGAAGUUUGAACAAGUUCCCUGUUGCAUUGCAUUGCAUUGAUUCGGAGAACAGUGAACAAAACCCUUUUCACAUCGUCAACCACGCACUUUGUUGCAAGCAGCACCAGAAUGAGCUAGCUUUGUUUUUUGGUGCAAAGUAGUAUGUAUAUUUCUCCCCUAACCAUAUUGGGAACAGUAUGUUUCCAGGAGAAUGUAUUCAAGCGUUUGAGUCCUCAUUUCAGCUGAUGACAUGACCAGGUAUAGGCACAAUAUCCUGCAUUAGGAAUUGCAUUUAUUGCAUAAGGUCCCAAAUUUGUUGUGUAUAACUGUAUCUUGGAAAAUGACAAGGUCAUGGAGGCUAGAAUGAGAAUAUCCAAAUCCGUGUAUAUUGUUGGUCCUGUAAUUUCAUUAUAGUAAAAUAUAAGUGCCAUGUUCAAUUGAUCUCACGGAAAACAAAAUAGGCAGUUUCCAGUCUCUGUGGUGAAUGAAUAAAAUCGUUUUUAACUUUGGAGCAUUAA